CCUGCAGACUGCGGAGAUAGCUGUGUAAUCAGGUCGUACCUACAAUCGAGGCAUUUUGGUCCUCUUCAACUCGCUGAUUGAAGCCGGCACCAUGGCGGUCCCCCCUGAGGAAUCCAUCGCCAUCGUGGGUCUGUGGUGCCGGUUCCCGCACGCAGACAGCCCGGACGACUUCUGGAGAGUCUUGGUUAACGGGGAGGACUGUAUGGAGGAGAUCCCAGCUGACCGUUGGAAUCAAGACGCCUGGUACAGCCCGGACAAGAACGCACCCGGGAAAAUAUUCGUGCAGAGGGCAGGAUUCGUCAAAGGAUACAGGAUGUUUGAUCCAAGCCUGUUCGGACUGAGAGACGAGGAGGCAUCACGAAUGGAUCCCCAGCAUCGCUUCAUGUUGGAGUGUUCGUACAAGGCGUUUGAAAAUGCCGGCAUCACAAUGGAAGAACUGCAUGGCAGCGACACCGGUGUCUUUGUUGGCCUAAUGAACACUGAUUAUCAGCUGGAUGGUGACAUAGACCCGACACAAGUGACCAACCACACGGUUACCGCGACAGCCACAUCACUGGCCGCGGCACGUGUGGCCUACACCUUCAACCUGACCGGCCCGGCCCUCACCCUGGACACCGCCUGCUCGUCUGGACUGUACGCCGUGCAUCUCGCUUCCCAAGCUAUCAAGUCAGGCGACUGCUCCAUGGCUCUCUGUGGAGGUGUGAGUUUCAUUCUCCGGCCGAACAUGUUCGUGUCGCUGUGCCGAGCGGGCAUGGCUUCUCCCGAAGGACGGUGCAAACCCUUCUCGGCUGCAGCUGACGGCUACGCCCGCGGGGAGGGAUGUGGGGUCGUGGUGCUGAAAAAACUUGGCAAGGCCCUAGAAAACAACGAUUACAUCUGGGGCGUCAUCCACACGGGAGUGAACCAGGACGGCCGCACCACCAUCCCCAUCACUGCCCCAUCACAGUCGCAACAAGAGAAAUUACUCCGCAAUAUCUUCGACCACUACGGCUUCGAACCAUACCAAAUUGACUACAUCGAAGCGCAUGGAACAGGCACACCAGUCGGGGAUCCAGUGGAGGCCAACAGUCUGGGUAACGUUAUAGGCAAGGCCAGGAAGGCUGAGGACGACCCCGUACUUCUAGGCUCUGUCAAAGGCAACAUCGGCCAUCUGGAGUCCGCCGCAGGGAUGGCCGGUCUCAUCAAGGUUCUACUGAUGAUGAAGAACAAAAAAGUCGUACCCAGCUUGCACUUCGACAGACCUAACCCAAACAUCGACUUUGAUAACCUACGACUGUACGUGCCGACUGAGGUACUGGAUUGGACGCUGCGGGGGAAGGACAGAAGAUUGGCAUGCGUGAACUCCUUUGGGUUUGGAGGAUCAAAUUCCCACGCACUCGUUGAGCAAAUCCCCCAAUACAAUGACGAGUCUCAAGACAACACUAACGAAGAACAAGGGAAGAUGUACAUUGUGGCUGUAUCUGCAAAGAAAAGGGAAUCUUUGAAGCUUUCAGUGGAGGACAUGAUCAGACAUUUGGAGCAAAACCCGGACAUGUCACUUGAACAACUCUCCUACACAUCUCUACUGAAAAGAACGCACCACAAUUUCAGGUUAGCGGUGUCAGGUAGCUCUGUUGAGGACAUCAAGCAAUCUUUUGAGAACGGUGUUGCGGGCAUCAAAGGAGCAGUACGCACAAGGACAAUCAGACGGAAGAGUGGUCGUGGAGAUGACUCCGAGGUUGUCAUUUUCGUUUUCGGUGGACAAGGAACGUUGUGGGAGGGCGUCUGCCUAGACCUGAUGGAGAAAGAGCCCGUAUUCAGGAGAAAGCUGACUGAAGUCGAUGACCUGCUUCGCCAGUACGUUGAGUGGUCUCUCCUUGAUAAGCUAUCAGAGAAAGAAGACUUUCACGUCCCGUUGGUAGCACAGGUCAUCAUCUUCGCCACUCAGGUCGCACUGUUUACUCUUUGGCAGUCGUGGGGCAUCACGCCAGAUUCUAUUCUCGGCCAUUCAGUGGGCGAAGUGGCUGCAGCGCAUUGUUCCGGCACCCUGUCACUACCGGAGGCCGUACGUGUCAUCUACCACAGGGGGCGUCUGCAAAAUGAAGUCACCGGCGGGAAGAUGUUGGUUGUCGGGAAUCUCCCGGUGAAGAAGGUGCUAGACUUGUGCAGUAACGUCUCGGGUAAAGUUGGCUUGGCCGCCGAGAACAGUGCCUCUUCCUGCACGCUGUCGGGCGAUGAUGAUGCAGUAGACGAGCUGCAUGAAGUUCUGAGGACGAUGAACGAGAAAGAUUUGUCCGGCCAGCUGUUUCUGAGGGAGUUGAAUGUGAAGGCAGCCUACCAUAGCCACCAGAUGGAGCCGAUCCGAAAGGAACUAGAAUCAGCGUUGAGAGAUCUACGUGGCCAGCCACCUACUAUAGAACUAUACUCAACUGUCACAGGGAAGAGAGCUACGAAGGAGGACUUUGUGACCGGAGAAUACUGGGGGAGAAAUGUUAGGCAACCAGUGAUGUUCAGUAGCGCAAUGUCAGAAGCCCUGAACCGUGACAAACGAAACAUCGUUGUUGAGGUCGGUCCCAAGGCUGCUCUAAGGAGCAACAUCAAGCAAAUUGCAUCUGAGGUGACGUUGACCUACGUGGCGUCCAUCAAGCCAAACCAAGAGCAUCCAUCCAUCCUGCGCAGUCUUUGCGAUUUGUAUGAAGUCGGUUUGAUGCCGAGCUGGGACGCUUUCUCCGUGAAAGGAAUGUACACUCCUACGGACGUGCCGCGUUACCAGUUUGCUCCAAAGCCACUGUGGUUCGAAUGCGAGAAAGCUGUAGCUCUGCGCCAAGGCCGCGACCUCAACAAUGGCCUCACUCACCCGUUCUUGUCACACGUAUCGUCAAGUCCUCCGACGUACAAGUGCUCCAUUAACAAGGAGAAGACACCUUACCUGUAUGAUCACGUGUUGGACGACACUGUUGUUGUUCCCGGUGCCCACUACUUUGAGCUAGGACUAGCAGCGUGCGUAGAAUUUCUAACACCGCGGCAGCCAGUAUCCAACUGUAGAACAACGGUGGAGUUCCUAACGCCAGUUACCGCGAGUAGUCAGGGAGGAACGGUCGAUAUCAGCAUAAGUCUCAAACACGAUGAAGAUUUAAGUCAGGUCCAUUUCGAGGCGAGGACUGAGCGAGCGCUGCAUGCGAGAGGGACUGUGACCUACGCUGUAGAGAAGCAACAGACCAUCGAUAGCUUGGACCUAGAUGACAUACGAUACCGCUGCAACAACACUAUAAGCCACAACGACCUGUACAACAGGAUUGAAACGACAGGUUUCCACUACGGACCGACGCUCAGCCGAUUGCGGGAAUGUCGCUAUGGAGACGGGCCUGGUGGAAAGGAGGCCAUUGCCCUCAUCGAUGUCCACGACAUGGUGGCAAAAGAGAUGCACAGCUGUUGCAUCCACCCUGCCAUACACGACUGUUUGCUACACACUCCCUUUCUACUAGGGCUGGACAUCUUAGAAAAAUCAGCAGAUCAUCGAGUGAGCCUUCUCCCAGUCUCUAUUGAAAGCGUCGUGGUCGUCAAACCUCCCGAACGACAGAUGUGGGUGUAUGUCAAACAAAUCAGACGAAUCGCUGGAACCAUGACAACGAACGGGCUCAUAGUUGGGAGAGACGGGCAGGUCAUACUUGAGCUGAGGGGGUUGACCAUCAGGUUUUGGAACGAAGGAAGCCCAAGUAACUUUGAGGAUAUGAUCUACACCACAGGAUGGUCAGUGCAUCCGUCUGACUGGAAGGGAGAAAUUGAGUCUGAUCUGGUCACCAAAAUGUCUCAGCUCAAGUGUCUCGUCCUUGAAGAUGAAUGUGGGAUCAUGAACCACAUCAAACCGCUUGUCAGCCCCGAGUCUGUCUUCAUUCCUCUACAGGACAUCAAGAAGAUCGAUUACAAGAAUGAUGAACAGGCACUGCAAAAGAUGCUACAAGCUGUCAACGUCAAUCUGGCAGGCUUCGAUACUGUUCUUCAUUGCUGUGGCAUUAGUCAGCUAAACGCAGAGACGGCAGACACAGAAUCACUGGAUUCUCGUAUCCAACUAACCUGUGCAAGUCUUAGGCAGCUUAUCAAGAUGGCUAUAGCCCAAGGAGAGACGAUUCCUCUGAAGAUCCUCACGCGCAAUGUCCAGUUCUCGAUGUGGCAGGACAUGCCCCCGGACCUCUUGAAAGACAACACCUCCGUCGGUCGGAUAGACUUGGCAGGGACGCCUCUAUGGGGUCUGAUUCGUUGCGCCAUCAGAGAGUCUGCCUACCCAUCCCUGCAGCUAGUGGAGAUGUCGACUAGAAAUCUCCAAGAGGCCUAUACGCUUCUACACGAACUAGUUGCUGGAGAGUUGGCUAGUUAUACCGAGAUAAUGUGCGUGCAAAGUUCAAAAUACUUCUUGGAGAUUCAGUCUUCAACACUGCACGCUGACACCGCAAUUUGCCGCACCAAUCUUGGCGAAAGUGGGUGUAGACUGAAGAUCCAAACAGCCGACACAACGAAGCCCUUGAAACUUCACACCAUAUACGAUGGAACAAUGCUUGCUGGAGUUGACAAAAGCGUUACUUUAAAAGUCCACCAGUUCCAUGUACAUCCAGAGAGGUUGUAUCCAGUAACGCGAGAAUCAGAAGAUGGAAUGGUAGUACACUGGUCAGCAUAUAGCAAUCAGGGAUGGGACCUACUUGCUUUGGACUUUGUGGGAACAGUGGCCAAGGUACCGGAGAAGUGCAAACUUCGUGUGGGAGAUUUCGUUGUUGGCAUCUACCCUACUGUGGCGUCCACGGCAGUCUCAAUCCCCAUGACAGUGGUCCACAAGUUGGCCGACCUACCAGUGUUGGCUAACAGACCUUGUCUAUCGUAUCUCGUACUUGCAUGGGAGGUGUUGGUAAACCAACUACAGAUCAAGCCAAAGCAGCGGAUUGUGGUGGUAGAUGAGCACGCGGAGUCAGUCACGAUGAAGACGAAAGUGAUUGCAGCUGUUGCAGAUGCAUUACAAGCAACCUGCCAAAUUGUGAGACACGGAGACCCAGGAAUCCAGGAGAAGAAGUACGAUGUCGGAAUCGUGUAUGGAAGCCGAAAGAGUCUGAGAUCUCGGCUAUCGGAUGUUGUUGCUGCCAACGGUCGCGUUGUGUACGUUUGUGGGCAGAUGUCAGAUCAAGAACGCAGCAGAACGUCUUCGCUGUGGAUCAGAUCAGACGUCAUGACCCUGCAGAUACACACAGGUGCGGUGUUUCAAGACACAUACCUGAAGGUCAUCAUGCCAAAGGUGUUCAAGUGGCUCUCUCACAGCCUGCCCCAGCACACUGUUAUUGACUUACCAACCACCGACGCUCAACUUUCAUCGUCCCUUUUGCACGAAGGAGAGACCAUGUCCAUGAAAGACGGAAAUGUCACAGGCGAGUCCCUUUGCGUUCUUCGUCUUGAUGGACCAGAGCAUCCUGUUAUCUGCACAAGGCAGACGCUCUUUCGGAAAGAUGCGUCCUACAUCGUCGUCGGCGGCCUCACCGGUUUGGGGUUUCUCACUGUUAGAUUCCUUGCCGAGAGAGGUGCCGGCCACAUAGCCACCAUGUCCAGAAGUCAGCCCAAACAGGACGUCGCUACAGAGCUCAAUACGUUGGAAGAAACGUUCGGAGCAAAAAUCGUAUGUCUGCAGGCCGAUGUCUCGUCUUACGACAGCGUCACCUCUGCAUUUGUCGAACUCCAAAACGUAUUCCCUAGUGUCCCACUGAAAGGCGUUUUUCACAGCGCUGUCGUCUUCAGUGACGGAGUCCUGACCAAUCAGGACCACGCUCAGUUCCAGAGGGGCAUGGAUGCCAAAGUGUCCGGUACCUGGAACUUACAUCUGGCGACACGACAUCUAAACCUGGACUAUUUCGUCGGCUAUUCUUCUACUUCGUCGGUUUUCGGCAAUGGUGGACAGACAAGCUAUGGGGCGGCAAACGGAGUCCUAGAGGGCAUAGUGCACCUUCGUCGCCAGCUGGGGCUAAGCGGCCAGGUCAUCAACUGGGGUGCUUUAGACAUCGGCCUGCUGGAAAGAGACACAAAGGUUGCGAAGUUUCUGGAGCAGAUGGGAAUCCAUUCAAUUGAUAAGGACAACAUCUGUGAGGGCUUACAGACGUGCCUGAUCACCAACCCUUCUCAGGUUGUAGUGGCGCAUCUGGACCGGCCCAAGUUCAGACAGCAUUUAAGGUUUGCUAAUGACAUGAAGAAGCUGGAGAAAGCGCUUGGGGGACCUGCGGAGUCAAAUACAGACGACACUGAAAUGGUAGCAAGUGUCAGUAUCGACAGUUUGGGUAAGAUGGAUAAAAGAGCUCAGCAAAAGACAAUCGGCGACUUCACACGUCUCGUCUUUGUCAAGCUCUUAAGCGCAGAGGACGAGACUGUUAACAUGUACACAUCAGUUGUCGAUCUAGGGAUGGACUCGCAACUUGCGCUCAACGCUCAGAGCAUACUCAAGAAACAGCUCAAUGUGGAUGUUCCAGUCGUCGCCUUGCUAAGUCAAGAGUCAACUGUCCAGUCGAUCAGCGACCUAGUCUACGACCAGCUCAAGAAGAUGAUACCAGACAGUCGUCCCAUCGCACCGCCAAGACGAAAAAGAAACCGACCUAAGAAAUUUCGAUCAAAGCGGAUGAUAUCAUUUAACGUCCAGGAUGGAGAUCAAGAAACACUUCCAACGGACGAUGUCUUAAAGGCGGUUGGUCAUCUCCAUAAACUCUUCGAGAAGCAAGUCUACAGGACGCCGUCACACACUGCUAUCAUCACAAGAAACAACAGUGUCAGCUAUAGUCAGCUUAAUCUAUCAGUUCAACAUCUGGCCAGUACUCUUGUGGAAUUGAAACAAGGGGGUGGCAGCGUUCAAAAGAUGAACACUGCUGGUAUAAGUGCAACGUCAAUGUCGGCCGUGUCAAUGACCUUGAUUGCAGCGAUGCGGUUCAAGUCUGCUUUGAAGGGCAAGCACGAGAACGUCGGUGUCUGUCUGUCCUCUUCUGAAGAGGUACCCUGCGUCAUUCUUGCAAUCUGGAAAGCCGGCUAUACGUACGCUCCUCUCUGUCUUGAGGAGGAAGCAGAACAUCUACAGCAGUUUGUACGAAGCUGUGACGUACAAGUCAUCGUCGUGGAUCAACAAACAAGGACUGGUCUCCUGGCAAAGCUUGGGUCCUUCAGCGGUCACAUUGUCACAUUGCCUUUGGGACAAUCCGAAAUGGACGGGAACGUAUACACGAAUUCGCCAGUGAUGCCAGCGCGGAAGGCUUUUGUCAUGAGAGACACCAGCUCAAACAGUCAAGGCAUUGUGUCAGGCAACCAUGUCGGCUUGCUCAACCGUCUAACAUGGAUGUGGGACAAUCUACCUGUCCGUGUAAAUGACGUAGGGUGUCUUACAUCACCGAUCACAUCCGUAGAAGCUUUGUACGAAAUGUUCAUGCCCCUCCUUGUUGGGUCUCCACUGCUCAUCCUUCCCGAGUCCACUGUGAGUAAUCCAGCCAAGCUGCUGGCCACCUUGGAGAAUCACCAAGUCACCAGGAUAGGAGGAAUCCGUGAUGACGUGUGGGAUGGCAUCUUACAACAGGUGGAGUCUCAGUCUGGUCACCAUCUUCACCUGUCUCAUAUUCUCCAGCCAGUACCAGCAGCUGAUGAAAGCCUAGCCUCACGCCUACAAAGGGUUCUCCCCGACACCCAACUGACCGUAAUGCUCAGUAGCCUACAUGCAUACUCGGCUGUGCUGUACACACAAGACCCACAAGGAAGCAAUCUAAACGGUGACAAGACUCCAAACGGUGACAGGACUCCAAACGGUGACAGGACUCCAAACGGUGACAGGGCUCCAAACGGUGACAGGCCUCCAAACCGCGACAGGACUCCAAACGGUGACAGGGCUCCAAACGAUGACAGGACUCCAAACGGUGACAGGACUCCAAGUUUAGGCCUUGUUCACAAGACAACCGCGCACGUGUUGGAUGGGCAGGGAGAUGCCUAGGACCUAACCAGGUAGGCGAGCUGUUCAUUUCGGCACCGGGACUGCUGAACACAGAUAAAGUUGUGACGGAUCAGGAAGGAGGGCCGGUGACUGGUGACGAUGUGGUCGGGACAGGGCUUCGGGCACGGUGGCGAGAGGACGGAACCAUUCAGCUGAUGGGGAAGUCGGAAACAACCAACGGGCCAGUCGUAGCGGACGAAGUGCCGAUGAACGGACUGAAGUCUACCAUUGCGGGAGACUACGAGCUACACAUAAAGGACAUGAAAAGAGGAACGUCAUUCAUAAAGAAGACAGCGAGGAACACCGAACACAGGCGGUUUGUUCGGCUGAGCCAUGACCCCACCGACCCAACACGUGCCGCCAUUUCCUGGGGACCGUCCAAGCAGCUGCAGAUGAAAUCACUGCCAGUUCGGGAUAUCACCGGAAUAGACACAGUUGACUCUAGCUUGGUCGUGUCCACCGCCAAGACAACGCACUACUUCAAGACCACCGAUGCAGAGACGUUAGAGCUGUGGACAGCCGGGCUGCAGCAUCUCCAAGCGGCAUUGCAAUGAUGCUGUUUGUCACUGUGUCCACAAUCACCUGAUUAGGCUUAGGUCCCAAUUCACCGUCAGAAAUCACCCAAAUGUGCCCCGACCUGGCUAAGAAGCCACAAAUUUGUCCCGGUGAACUGCCGGAUACCGGGGGUACUCCUUAGUGUGUGUUCCACAUGGGUAGGUCACGGCGUCUAUAUUUUUUUACCGGGUCCCGGGUUCAUUUUAAGUCCGACUUAAAUUCCACCCGAUGCCCGGCCGUUCCCCAAAAUACCCUGGGAUCCGUAAGUUCAGAAAACAAACAAAUAGCCCGUGAACUACACGUAAGGGCCUCUUUUUCCAAUUGGGAUCUAAGCUUAACUGGUUAAAGCACAGAGAGUGAGGAGGGGUUUGAUAUGAAGAACAUGAUAGUCCAACUAUUCACGAAUAUGUAUUACGUGUAUUCACAUAUAUGAAGACAACUUUUCUUGUACUUUUAUUCAAGGGUAGACUAGUGAUUGAAAAUGGGACUGUAGUUUUUGAUCGGUGUGUCUGUAAGUUUAUUUCCCGGUGAUUUGAGUCAGUAAUAACCUUAGAAGCUCUGUAGGGAUUGUGAUGACAUUUUGGUUGGAAGGUCUCGGGAAGACGACGUUUAUGGUUGGCAUUGGGUAACCAGAUAACUUUGCAUGGUACUGCAUAGAACUUUUUUGUAUCAUUUAUCCAUAGUGUGGCCUGAAUCUUUUGGCAGAUAACUUUUAUUGUCAAAAGAAGCAAUGUUAUUACGGUUCUGUCAACAGCUUGUUCUGGGACUAUAUCGUAAUUUGUCGAAAUCUUUUAAGAAGAUAACUAAAGGAAGGAAAAUUUUUAAUGAAUUUGGGACAGCUUAGACAAAGAUGUACACAUUUAAGUACAAAUUUCAUAAAUAGGACAAACUUUGCAAAUUACUGUAAAUGCAUUUAAGUUCGCGGGGAUUUAAUUUCGCGGUAGCG